AUGUCCAUCAAGGAGCAUCUGCAGUACGAUUCCAGAUCAGACACAGUUUACGGCUUUGCAGACACUGGAAAAGAAAGGAACUCCCAGAUGGCAAAUUCAGCUUUGCUUGUCGCACUCUCAGGGUUAACAAAAGCAUGGGUCCAGCCCCUGUGUUAUCUUUUUUCCAAGUCUACCGUGUCAGCAGACACACUGCAAGAUUUGAUUCAGGACCUUAUUCGACAGCUUCAAACAUUGGAUAUCUCUGUGAAAGCGGUUGUCUGUGACCAGGGUGCCAGCAACUGUGCAUUGUCUAGAAAACUUCAGAUCUCCCCUACCAAACCUUACUUCUGUGUCGAUGAAUCCAAAGUAUAUUUUAUUUUUGAUCCACCACAUUUAAUGAAAACCACACGGAACCUGCUGUUGAAGCAUGACCUACAGAUCGGGGAUGCUCAAGAGAAGGUUCAGUGGUCCUUCAUUAAACAGUACUAUGAAUCAGACCACCCCCUAAAGGUCCGACUGUCGCCAAAGUUGACAGACAACCACAUUCACCCCACAGCUUUCAAACGUAUGAAGGUCAAGCUUGCGACGCAAGUACUGAGCAAUAGUGUUUCCACUGGGAUCGCUGUCCUUAUUAGCGUGGGAUGUAUGCCUCCAGCAGCCACUGAGACUUCAGAAUUCCUCCUUAAGAUGGAUCAACUGUUUGACUGUUUAAACAGUUCAUCUGUCGAACAGAGUGACGACAAAAAGAUGAGAUAUGCAAUGAACAAUUCAACGAAACAUAAGGAGUUACUAGAGUCUGCAGCCCAGUGGAUUGCAAAGUGGAAAUUUGACAGUGAUAGGCAACCUCCUACUGUAAGGGGGUGGCAGAUCACGAUUCGCGCAGUACUUGCAUUGUGGGAAGAUCUUCACCAAAAUUUUGGUUUUGAACAUCUGCUGACACGGAGGCUCAACCAGGACCCCCUGGAAAACAUGUUCGGUCAAUUCCGGCAAAUGCACGGGUGCAAUGAAACACCAAACGCGUUUCAGUUUGUGUCAAGCCUCAAGCAUACCCUUGCAGGGAGGCUCAUGAAGCUUCCAAGCAGGGGGAAUUGCGAGGCUGAUACAACUGAGCUUUUAAAUGACUUGUUGAGCAUGCCGGUUUCUUCAACUGCAGACAUUCCCUGUGAGCCUGACAGCUCACAAGGGAUGCCUGCAGAUGAUGAAAUGGAGACUGAACAUGAGAUGCAUGUUGUGCAGGAGCCUGACAACAUUAUUGAGGCUAAUGCACAGUAUGCAUACGCGGGAUCCUUGGUUCACUCUUUCUUAAAGAACUCAAAAUGUACAAACUGUCCAAGCUUGUUGAGGGCUGCAGAGACCUAUGCACGAAAAUACAGUGCUCCCACCAGUUUCAUUGAUAAUGUCAUCGUCGUUGGGCAUGGGAAAUGGGAAUAUAUCUGUCUGGCGAUUGAGGAGUCUGUAGUCGGUACACAGACGAAAGGAAGCGUCAGCCUUGGGGGCGAUUGUGAUGGGCGAGGCAAAUGGAAGACCGUGUAUCAGCAGUGCGACAACCGAAGAGUCAGGGAGACACAGCUCGGCAAGUUGUAG